AUGCCCAAUGGCUGGCUGGGGUUCGCCGCCAACCCGGCAUUCAGGGUCAACCACAGUAGCUUCCUCCGUCUUACAGACUCUGUGUUCAAGAUCCUCAUCACGACCGACAAUCAUGUCGGGUACGCCGAGGACGACCCUGUCCGUGGUGGUGACUCGUUCGAAGCCUUUGAGGAGGUGCUGAAGAUUGCCGAGGCCGAGGCUGUGGACUUUAUCCUUCUCGGAGGCGACCUGUUUGACAAGGCGCAGCCAUCGCGGCAUGCCAUGUACGAGGUGAUGCGGCUGCUGCGCAAGUACUGCAUGGGCACAGGCGAGCCGGCGUUUUCGGUGGUGUCGGACAUGGCAACCAACUUUCACUCGUCGUUCGGCAAGGCCAACAUGGCCGACGCCAACCUCCGUGUCCGCAUUCCGGUCUUCUCCAUCCAUGGCAAUCACGAUGAUCCUGUUGGCGGCUCGAACCUUGCUGCGCUGGACAUUCUCGCCAUGGCCGGUCUGGUCAACUACUUUGGCAAGUCGCCGUCGGUGGAGGACAUCACUGUCUCGCCGGUCCUCCUCCAAAAGGGCUCGUCCAAGCUCGCGCUGUACGGCUUGGGCAACAUCCGCGACGAGCGACUCAAUCGGGCGUUCUCCUCGCAGCGGGUCAAGUGCCUCCGCCCGCGCGAGGACGCCGACUCGUGGUUCAAUCUCUUUGUCCUCCACCAGAACCGGGUCAACCACUCGCCCAAGAACUGCAUCCACGAGGAGCAGCUCGACGACUUUAUCGACCUUGUCUUUUGGGGUCACGAGCACGAAGCGCUCAUCGAGCCGGUCAAGUCGGCUGUCCGCAACUUUUGCAUCACGCAGCCGGGCUCGACCGUCGCUACCUCGCUCUGCGCGGCCGAGACCCGGCCCAAGGGCGUUGGCAUUCUCCGCAUCUGCGGCGACAAGUUCAACAUCCAGCGUGUCAACCUUGCCUCUGUCCGGCCGUUUCUCAUCGACGACUACGCGCUCCGCGCCGCGCCCGAGACGGUCAACAUCAAGUCGGAGACCGCCGUCGCCGCACAUCUGGCCGACAUUGUCGAGGACAUGCUCGUCCGGGUGGCCAAAGAGUUUCCGCCGCCGCCGUCGGGCGAGUCCAAGCUCCCGCUCCUCCGCCUUCGGGUCGACUCGACCGGCGGCGAAACGUGCAACCCGCGCCGGUUUGGGCAGGCUUUUGUCAAUCGUGUAGCCAAUCCGGGCGAGAUCCUGCUCUUCCAGAAGCCGCGCCGCAACCCCCGGGCCCAGCACGUCACCAAAGCGCUUGACCCGGAGGCUGCCGCCGCCCAGCUGGAGAGCAUGAAGUCGGACGCCAGCCGCAAGGAGUUCAUCGACGGCCUCCGUGUUGAGAAUCUGGUCAGCCAGGCCCUCGCAGACUCCAAGGCCUCGAUGAACAUUCUGCCCGAGGAUAAGCUCCAAGAGGCUGUCAGCCAGUUUGUGACCAAGGAGGAGAAGACGGCCAUCAAGAACUUUGUAGCCGAGACGCUCAAGAAGACCCAGUCCGAGCUCCGCUCCCGAAAUGAGGCUCCCAUCCUCGAGGAGGAUGCCGCCCGGGCCCGCAUCGAAGCGCUUGUUGCCGACCGCAACCGCAAGGCCACCGCCCGCCGCCGCCGUGCUGCUGCUGCUGCCGCCGCUGCCUCUCCUACUGCACCUCCAUCCGAAGCUGAGAACGAGAACGAAGUCGACGAGGCGGAGGCAGAGGCGGGCAAGGACAAGGGCAAAGCACCAGAGUCUGAGAGCGGGAGUGGGAGCAGAUCCGCUGCGCCGCCGUUGCCAGCUGCACGCAGUCGCAGCUCGGCCAGUCGCAAGUCGGUCAGCCGCAGCUCGCGGAGCAAGCACAAGUCCGAGUCCGAGUCCGGGUCGGAGAGCGACGUCAACGACGACGAGUCGUCGUUUUCGUGCUCGGGCGGGGCUAGCAGGCCGCGGCCGUCGAGCCGGUCGCUGCGGCGGGCGUCGCGGGCGCCGGCGUCGUCGCCCCCACCAUCGCCAUCAGCGUCACCGCCGACAUCUCCGGUAGCGUCUGUGGCGACGGCGGCGCCGGCUCUUGCUGCGCCUGUUCCGCGCCGCAAGCGCCGCCGUGGCGGCGGCAGCAGUUCUACGGCGACGGCGACGGCGACGUCGUACGCGAGCAAGUACGGGCGGCGGGCGACGAAGAAACAGAAGAGGACUUAA